AUGGACAGCGACGCUGGGAUCAGCUUCACGCAGCAACAGCGCACGCCUGUCACGCACACACCAUCCCUGGACCCUCCCCACAGCGAAGCUGGCGAGGACAGGUCAACCGCCACGCGGCGUGGCCUCCUGUACGCGCUGGUGAUUUCUGGCGCGCUGAUGAGCGCGCUCACGACACUUGUCGCGCUCGGCGCGCUCUCGCCGCUGCUCCUGCUCGGGUGGGGGCUCAUCGCGGCGCUCGCGCUCGUGACGCUCAUGACGGGCCGCGUUCGCGCCGCGCAGCGGGAGCGUGGUUCUUCUGAAAAUGGCGGGGAGGUCGAGCGCGAGCGCGCUCGGCGCCUGCUCCGCCUGCUCGACGCGAUGGCUCCGAUGGAUGUCCGCGCGCUCACCGAAGAGACCGGCUGGAGCGAGGAGGCCGUCCUCUCGGGGCUCGUCUUCUUGCUCGAGCGCGAGCUCGUCGAGGAGGACGUCGACCUCGAGACUGGCCACUUCUGCUACGCGAGGAGUCACCACGUUCGCUUUGACUUCGAGGAGCAUCACAUGAAAGACAAGACAACCGCGUUCCUGCUCGCCUGGUUCCUCGGCGGCAUCGGCGUCCACAAGUUCUACCUCGGUCAAAACGGCAUGGGGAUCAUUUACGUCCUCUUCUGCUGGACGUUUAUCCCCGCCUUCCUCGCUUUCUUCGAGGGGCUCGGCUACCUCUUCCAGGACACCCAUACCUUCAACCAGCGCUACAACAACCAAGUGGCCGGCUACCUCCCGCAGCCAAGCCCCCAGCAGAUGGCCCAGAACAUCACGGUCAACAUCCCGCCCGGACAGGACACGAGGCAGCUCACCGGGCCAGGCGCGCGCAACAUCACUGACGAGCUCCAUAAGCUCAAUGAGCUGCGCAUCGCCGGGGUCCUCACCGAGGCCGAGUUCGCGCGCGAGAAGCAGCGCCUGCUCUCAUCCUGA